GGAGAGGGGGAUUCAGAGGGGACAUUCCCCAUCUCCACUCCCUCGCAGUGCUGAGCAUUUUGGCUUUAUUCCCCCAGCGCUUCUCCCGUGUUUUUCCCGGGGUGGGAACAGCCAACCCGUGCGGACUUGGAAAUUCAGGAGUUGUUGGCUAAAGGAGUUUAGUUUGAUUUUCCCUCUGGAGCAGCAGUGGGGGGAUUUGUCUUUCCCACUGGAUUUUUUGGGAAAUUUGCUCCCGUUUUCCUGGGAUCUGCAGCAGAUCAGGGCUGAGCAGGGCUGGGGGGGCUCUGCCCCUGCCAGGGUGGUCCCAGGACUCUGUGGGGCUGUCGGGGGGUCCCCGUGGACUCUCCAGACUCACCCAGGAGCAGGAGAAAAUGGGUCUGGAAAAAGGGAAACGAGGGCCCCCAGGAGAGCCUGGCCCACGAGGGCCCCCCGGUCCCCCAGGAGUGCCGGGAGCCGAUGGCAUCGACGGUGACAAAGGCCCUGUAGGAUCUGCUGGCUCCCCGGGUGCCAAGGGCGAGCCUGGAGCUCCUGGUCCGGAUGGACCCCCAGGGAAGCCGGGCAUUGAUGGCCUGACGGGAGCCAAGGGGGAGCCAGGACCCACUGGCAGGCCAGGAGUCAAAGGCCAGCCCGGACUCCCAGGGCCACCAGGGCUCCCUGGUCCUUCACUGCCAGGACCUCCUGGGCUUCCAGGCCAGGUUGGACUUCCCGGAGAGAUCGGAGUGCUGGGACCCAAGGGUGACCCUGGACCCGAUGGCCCGAGGGGUCCCCCAGGCCCUCCAGGGAAACCUGGACUCCCAGGACACCUCCAAGGCCUGGAAGGCAGCGCUGAUUUCCUGUGCCCCACCAGCUGCCCCCCAGGUCCCAAGGGCCCCCAGGGACUGCAGGGACUGAAGGGACACAGAGGCCGCCCCGGUGCCCUCGGAGAGCCCGGCAAGCAGGGAGAGCCGGGCCCCAAGGGGGAUGUUGGUGCCUCAGGAGAACAAGGAGUCCCAGGCCCUCCGGGACCUCAGGGCCUCCGGGGGUAUCCUGGCAUGGCAGGACCCAAGGGGGAGACGGGCCCUGCUGGCUACAAGGGCAUGGUCGGGAGCAUUGGAGCCGCCGGGCGGCCGGGCAGGGAAGGCCCCAAGGGACCACCUGGGGGCCCUGGUGACAAGGGAGAGCUGGGUGGCCGUGGCAUCAGGGGACCGCAGGGUGACAUCGGCCCCAAGGGGGAGAAUGGUCUCCCGGGCAUCGAUGGCAAGGAUGGCACCCCAGGUAUCCCAGGAGUGAAGGGUGGCACAGGACAGGCCGGACGCCCGGGAACGCCGGGACACCGGGGACAAGCUGGAUUGCCGGGCCAGCCAGGAAGCAAAGGUGGCCCAGGUGACAAGGGUGAAUCCGGUCCUCGGGGCCACCCCGGUGUCACCGGUGCCCCAGGGCAGCUGGGCGAGCCCGGACCUCGGGGUGAGCAGGGCCCGCAGGGUGUCCCCGGGCCGAAGGGUGACAGGGGCGAGCGUGGCCUCGUGGGGCCCCCCGGGGAGCCGGGCAGAGCGGGGCCAAAGGGUGAGCAGGGCCCUCCAGGCAUCCCAGGACCCCAAGGCUUGCCUGGAGUCAAAGGAGACAAGGGCUCUCCAGGGAAAACCGGCCCCAAAGGCAGCAUUGGAGAUCCGGGUGUCCACGGCCUGGCAGGGCUCAAGGGAGAGAAGGGGGAGUCAGGAGAGCCAGGACCCAAGGGACAGCAAGGCAUCCAGGGAGAGCUCGGCUUUCCCGGCCCCUCGGGGGAUGCAGGAGCACCGGGAGUUCGGGGCUAUCCCGGCCCGCCCGGCCCGCGGGGGCUGGUGGGGGAGCGCGGAGUGCCGGGAAUGCCGGGCCCGAGGGGCGCAGCCGGCCGGGAUGCUGGGGACCAGCACAUCGUGGACGUGGUGCUGAAGAUGCUGCAAGAGCAGCUGGCAGAGGUGGCCGUGAGCGCCAAGAGAGCCGCCCUGGGCGGGGUCGGGGCCAUGGGACCCCCCGGUCCCCCCGGCCCCCCAGGGCCACCCGGUGACCAGGGACCCCACGGCCCCAUGGGACCCCGAGGCGUCCCCGGAAUCCUGGGAGCUGCCGGGCAGAUCGGCAAUGUCGGACCCAAAGGGAAGAGAGGAGAGAAGGGCGAGCGGGGAGAGGUUGGCCGUGGCCACCCAGGAAUGCCAGGUCCUCCAGGGAUCCCAGGUCUCCCGGGCAUCCCAGGCCACGCUGUGGACGGCAAGGCGGGCGAGCGGGGCCUGCCGGGCGCCCCGGGCGAGGCGGGCCGGCCGGGCUCCCCGGGGCCCCCGGGGCUGCCGGGCUUCUGCGAGCCGGCCGCUUGCCUGGGAGCCUCGGCCUACGCGGCCGCACGCCUGACGGAGCCGGGCAGCGUCAAGGGCCCCUCGUUCUGAGCCUUUCCACAGGGAAAAUCCCUUCCCAAAGUGACCGCAACACUGCAAUCCCACAGGGAGAAGCUUCCGCGCUUUCCCGGUUCUGGGGUGAGGGUGGAUGUGGGGAAAACACAGCCCUAAAAUAAACCCCAAAUUUGGGAGCUGAUUUUGUUUUACACAGUUCUGGCAGCAUAAAGGAAUAUUUUUAAAUUUUAUUUAAAUGCGCUUUAAGGUUCCUGUGUGCUGCCCCUGGUUCUGAGCAAUUCCCCAAGGAAAAUCCCUUCCCAAAAAUCCCUUCCCACAACAUUGCAAUCCCAAUCCCAUGAGGAGAAGCUUCCGCGCUUUCCUGAUUCUGGGGUGAGGGUGGACGUGGGGAAAACACAGCCCUAAAAUAAAUUUGGGACCUGAUUUUGUUUUGCAGCAUAAAGAAACCUUAGAGUGGGCAUAAAUUUUAUUUAAAUGCGCUUUAAGGUUCCUCUGUGCUGCCCCCGGUUCUGAGCAAUUCCCCAAGGAAAAUCCCUUCCCAAAAAUCCCUUCCCACAACACUGCAAUCCCAUGAGGAGAAGCUUCCGCUCUUUCCUGAUUCUGGAGUGAAGGUGGACGAGGGGAAAACGCAGCCCAAAAAUGUUAAUAAUUGGGAAUAAACCCAAAUUUGGGACCUGAUUUUCUUUUACACAGUUCUGGCAGCAUAAAAAAAAAUCUUAGAGUGGGCAUAAAUUUUAUUUAAAUAUGCUUUAGGGUUCCUCUAUGCUGCCAGAAUCUGUAAAGGGAUCUUUAUGUAAAUCAGAAUCAGGGCUUCUAAUCCUGUUUCCAUCCAUGGGGUUUAAAAUCUGCUCCCUGCACCCUUUUUCCAAAAAAAAAAACCAAAACCAAAAAACAUGGAAUACAUUUUAUAAUUCCCUGUGAUGUUUGAAGGAGCUGGUGGAAAUUCUCUUUUUUAGCCUUCCCUUUUCUUUUUUAAAUUGGAAUUUUUAAAGCCCCCCUCCAAAACCAAAAUCAUGGUUGGAUUAUUUAAGAGAAUUCCCAGCUCCAACUUGGUCACUCCCAGAGCUGUAAAUCUUUGUAAAAUAGGGAUAAAAAUAGGGGUAUUUUAUAAUUGUGAUGAGGAAAACAACAAUUUUUUGAAAAAAUGGACAAUAAAACCAAGCUGGAUUCUUAAUAACUGGAA